AUGUUCCCCGAUUCCGAGUAUGCCAAAUCGUUUACUUGUGGGAACGAUAAGACAUCGUAUCUAGCGCAAUUUGGUCUGGCUCCAUUUAUCAAACGUGAACUUCUGGCUACUGUCAAUCAAGGCAGCUUCGUUGUCAUGUUUGAUGAGUCUAUGAAUCGAACCACCAAGCGCAAGCAGCUCGACAUUCACGUGAGGUGUUGGGUGACGGAUGAGACUGGUUCUCGAGUGCAGUCCCGGUAUCUCGGAUCACAGUAUAUGGGCCACUCAACUGCUGAGGACUUGCUGGAAAACUUCAAGGAGUGUACAAAAGAUCUGAAUCUGAGAAACAUGCUGUCUGUGUCGAUGGAUGGGCCUUCAGUAAACUGGAAAUUCAUCAGUCUGUUACAAAAAGAGCAUGGGGAGCAAUUUGCGGGGAUGCAAAUUCAAAUUACGGGAAGCUGUGGCCUGCACACACUGCACAAUUCGUUUAAGGGGGGGUUCGAAAUGUGGGUGGUGGAGAAGGUGCUGAAAGCACUUCAUUACCUGUUCCAGUGCGCACCAGCCCGAAGGGAGGAUUUCAGUUCUGCAACCGCAUCUUCAACAUUCCCCCUGCCUUUCUGCGGGCACAGGUGGUUGGAGAACCUACCAGCAGUAGAGAGGGCAUUGGAAGUGUGGCCGUCCAUCCAGAAGUAUGUGGAUCUUGUCCAGACUAAGAAAUUGAAGAAUCUGGGGACAUCAUCAUUUGACAGCAUUUGUGAAGCCCUACAGGAUUCCCUUCUGCUGGCCAAAUUUCACUUUUUCAUGGCCGUGUCUCGAGUCUUCCAGCCAUUUCUGGCAAAAUAUCAAACCGAUGUGCCAAUGAUGCCGUUUCUGUGGGAGGACUUGGAAACUCUGAUCCGGAACCUCCUCAAACGCUUCAUCAAGCGAGAUGCCCUGCUUCAGACUCCAUAUAAACUGGUGAGGCUUGAUGUCGUUGACCAAGCAAUGUGGCUGAGUCCCAAGGAAGUGGACAUAGGAAUGGGGGCAACUGCUGUGAUCAAGGAGCUGUCAGGGGCCAAGGGCAGAAUAAGUGAGCUUGAGAAUGCACUUGAACCCAGAUGA